AUUACAACUUACGGCAGUUGUUUUCCAAGUACCAUGACGAUUUCCAAAGCAUGAAAUUGUGUAAUGUGGACGAUAUGCAUUUUUCGUUAAAUUAGAACUAACGGUUAAUGGGAAUUGAUAGCAAAUUGGUGAAUUAUCCUACAAAAGCCUAGACAAUGAAGAGGACAAAUAAACAAGAACUGUUAAAAGAAAUUAGAAAUGCAGAUGGAAGACCUCAGGCAAUUGGUGACAAUUCUUCUCAAGAAAUGCAGAGAAAUGCCAUGGGAAUGUCUCAAGCAAUGGGUGAUAAUUAUAAACAAGAAAUGCAGAGAAAUGCCAUGGGAAUGUCUCAAGCAAUGGGUGAUAAUUAUAAUCAAGAAGAGCUGAUCAGGAGAAAUGCCAUGGGAAUGUCUCAAGCAAUGGGUGAUAAUAAUAAUCAAGAAGAGCUGAGAAAUGCCAGGGGAAUGUCUCAAGCAAUGGGUGAUAAUAAUAGGAGACAAUCAAAACCAAUAAAAUCUAAGUCAGAACCUGCCAAAAAGAAAAUUGCCAGUUUGCCACCUAACAUGGCUUUAGAUGUAAUGAAACCUGAACAAGAAGAAGCAUAUGACAGUGACAGUGAAGAAGACAUGUAUGAACUUGCAACGGAGAAUAAAAGUGAAGAAGACAUGUAUGAACUUGCAACGGAGAAUAUGAGUAAGAUGUCAGUGAAGUCAAAGAAGAAGAUUGCACCACAAGUAAAGAAGGUUCCUCCUCCUCCGCCUCCACCACCACCCCAGGUAGAAGCAGGUUAUAUGCCCCAGGUAGAAGCAGAAAGUUAUAUGAAUAAUGAUUCUGAUGAGGAGUAUCCUAAACAAAAAUUUAGUAAUAAGAAACAGCUAUUGGCAAAAACGAAGCAAAAGAAAAGUAAACCAGAACCAGCGAGAAUUGUACCUCCCAAAAUAACAGCGGACAUGCUUUCACAGGUGAAACUAAAAGCACCACCAGGGGAAAAGAUUGAUAAAGAUACCUUAGUUAAAAUAAGUUCAACAGAGGUGCUAACUUUGUUUGAUAAGAGGGAUUAUUUCCCAUUGUCUUCAUUUAUUGAAACAAUAAAUCAAAACACUUUAUUUGGAGACUGUCAGAAUAUUGUUAAUCUCAGCCUGACAGGAAUAGAACAAGUAACAGAUUUGCUGUUCUAUCAAAUGAUGUUAUAUACAGAGUUGCCUAACCUGGCUUUGCUGAAUGUGUCAGGAUGUCCCUAUGUAACUGAUUCUGGAAUAAAAUGGUGUGUACAACAGUACCCAUAUCUAAGUGAGGUAUAUAUGAAAGGCUGUGAGAAUAUAACAGAAAGAACACUCCAUUACUUGCUUGAUCCGUCUUGGAAUGUUAUUGAAUAUUUGGACAUGACCAGUACAGGAUUAUCUAUGAUUCCUGGCAAAAUGUGUAAUAUGGUAGCCAAUAUUGGAGCAAUUGGUUGUCCACUGAUAUCACCAGCUACCGAAAUCUACAGAACAAAGAGAAGGAGCGCAUUGACAGAGACCCCUUUGAAGGAUUUACCUGUAUAUAAGAUUGUGGUAUUGAAAGAUAAAAACUGUCAUCAUAGUUUCUACGAGAUAGUAACUAAAAAACCAUUGACAGAAAGAUACCUAAAUAUCUACAAGGAUUACAGAGUGGAUCCUCAGGAUCCCUAUGUAUAUAACAUAUAUGAAGUGGAAAUUGGAAUGGGGUUAGAAAACUUGGUGUUAAGUAAUGGAUGUAUUGUUAUACUGCCCUACACAAACAUCAAUCCAGAAACUGUCAAUAAGCUGACCAAUCAGCUUGUUCAUUUACUAUCCAAGUACCCUGAGUGUAUAUUUGUAAUAGCUGAUUUAUCGGACACUGGUGGCAAGACAUCAGCCUCAAUGACAAGGGAAGUAGUCUCAAAUCUUGCUGUAUGGAGUGAAAAGUUCGGUGCUGAACAAACAGCUCCUCUAGCUGAUUUGUACAUGGACUUCACUUUUCCACACCAACAAAACUUAGUAAAAGCUCUGAAUUUAAUAGAGAGUAUACAUCAGAUUCAAAAGAACAAAGACAGUCCUUAUAAAUGUGUUUGGGAUGUUGACAUGUCUGGUGGAAAGAGCAAUUCAACAACACUGAAAAUUCUCAAUAAGGCAAUAACAUCACUGAGAACAAUUUUUCCGUGGCAUGGGAAUACAUAUCACUCAAUGUUACCUGAUUGGGUGCAAAAAACAUUUGGGAAAUCAAAAAUACGACUUGGACACUUGAUAGAAAUUCUCAAAACAAGUUCAGAUUCUAUGAAAUUCAACAUGAACUCACGAGCAGGAGGACCGUACAGAGAACUAGAUAAGCUUUUUGAACUGAGGCAUCUAAGGGGUGAAUCAAUAUACUUUCCUAAGAUGAAAAACAAACCAUGUUUUAUAGAUUUACUAGCAGGCAGUGAUUUCUGUAACAAAUCAUCAACUAAAUUACUGAAUCCUGUCAAAAAAGCACCAGUAGCUGGUCUUGGUUUAACUUAUCCAUGUUUCUCAAGACAAGAUAUACAUGAUUUCUUAGUGGGCACACAAGAGGAGAAUGAUAUAUUUAUCAAGGUUUUGGAAGAGAACUAUACAAUUGUGAAGUUACCCAUUGUUCACAAACAUCCAGUUAUCAAGGAUCCAACAGUCUAUGUUGUCAGUGAGAAUCUACCAGAGAAACCACAUUUACCAACUGAACAUUUCUGGGAUGGGAAGCUUAUAGAUCAGCUUUAUUCUGGUAGAAAAUACAGGGUACCAGUUUUACCUGAUGAACUGUUACCUAGUGUUAUAAGCCAUUUUGUGAAAGUUGCCAAAAUAUGCCUGAUUUGGAAAGAUGGUAUUAUAAUGCAGCAAGGACCAAUUACUUAUAUGUUGGAAAUUAUUAGGAGUGGUGACUACCCAGGAGUGCUGAUAGAAGGCAAACUUCAUUCCAAAGCUAAGCCAGGUGAUGAAACAUAUCUUGAAGCAGACAGGAUGGUUUGGAAGGGUCUAAGGGGCAUAACCACUGUGUUUGAAAGUGUAUUGAUGAAUGAUAAUAUCUAUUUCACAGGAGAAUAUUUUUACUAUGACGAGAAGAAUAAAUUUGACCGAACAGAUGCAUUAGAAUGGUUUGCUGGAGUCCGAGAAAGACCAUAUAUGUGUGACAGUGUCCAGAAACUGGUACCCAAUCAUGCAACACUGGAAAUGGAACAAGGAACCAGAUGUUAUCAGUGUGACAAUUGUGUGACUAAAAGUUUUGAAUGUGAACACAAUCUGUCUACUUACAGAUAUAGAAAUGAGUGUGGUUGUAAAGAAUAUGCUCCGUUGUGUAAAACUUGUGGAAUGUGCUCUACCUGUGUCAAUACUAUUGGUAAAGCUGUAUCAACAGUACAGCCCAGCUUCAGAAUGACAAGAGACACAAAUAUAGAUAAAUUGAAUGUAACAGGAAGCAUCAUAAGCUAUGGAGGCAACAACUUGGAAUAUAUCUUCCGAAGUGAUAUGUCAUAUGAAGCCUUCAGCCAUAUUAAGAUUGUUUUGCUUAGAGGAAUUAAUUACAAAAUUGAGCUCACCAGUAUCGAAGAUGGUAACUCGGUGGAAAUGAUUCGUUACCAGACACUUGAAGGUAAAAUAGAGAAGAUCGCCAUCUCUGGUAAGGAGCAACAGGUCAAGGACACCAAGAAAGAGAGACCACUUGAAUGUCAUUCUGGAUACAUAAUAGAAUUACAUAUACCACGCUUUGAUCUGUUUGAGAUCCAUCAGAAUGGAAGAGUUAUAUACUCCUGGGAACUACAAGGACCAUUUAUACAAAUAGCUGUCACAGCCAAUGAUCCAGGGAAUAUAAUGAUCUCUUCAAAUCAUUAUGUCGAUUUUCAAGAUAGAUCAUCUCAAACAGAAACAAGUUGCUGUGAAAUGAGCCUUCCAUCAUGUGUGGAGAGGAAGUUAACAUCAGAAUUUCUGAGAGCUAGUACUUUCAUGUUUGCAGAAGCUAAGGAUUUUUCUGGUUGUUUAGGGUGUAUUUUACCAGAAGGAGUGACUGAAAUAGAUUUGACGAACCCUUCCAAUCAGAUCCUGAACAACAAUAGACUUCUUAUGCCUUUAUGUAUGACCAAAAAUAGAUUUGCAGAUGACUGGUACCUGCAGAAGAUGGUACACAUGGUUAACAGUCCAGGGUUUCCAGUAUCAAAAGAUGACAAAAGUAUGACCAUAAUAGGAAUGGCAUGCAAUGGCUUCUUAGCACACUAUCCUUAUUUGCAUAUUCCAGACAAUUUUCAAAGAUAUUUGCAGGUUACAAAAGACCAAAUGGAUGUAAAUCUAAUUGAGAAGGGUAUCCAUGAGAUUAUUAGAUUGUUUGCCAUGGAUAUGAUGUUAGAACUUGGACUUCAGUACACAUUCAAUGGACAACUUCCUGCUCAAAUAAGGAAAUUAUUUGUGAAUACAUUGGAGCCUCUUAUUUGUGAUUCUGAAAAGUCAGCUUUGAUUGCUACAGAAAGUAUUCUGAUGGAAGGAAAACUUUUACAUUUGUGUCAAGGUCACAAGGCUGCAUACCAGUCAAGGGCAGACUUUGUAGAGUUAUCUCCCAUUGAAUUUGGUGGCUACUCAAGAUUCAUCAGGGAUUUAAAAAUUGUAAAAUCAGGUCUUGUUUCAAUACCAGAGGAUUUCUUCACAUCUAUGCCUUAUCUAAUAAGAGCAGAGUUUUACGAAAAUCUAUUGGAGAAACUUCCAGAUUCCAUUGGAACAUGUAAAUUAUUACAAAAAUUGGAUGUAGCUGACAAUAACUUGAGUGACUUGCCGGAAAGUCUUGUAAACUGUACAGAGCUUGACCGACUGGACAUCGGCUGUAAUGUAAUGGAGGCUUUACCUAAAGUUGUGACAAAACUCAAAUUGAAAAGACUUAUGAUGAACAAUAUGCUCCUGACAACAUUACCAGAAAACAUCGGUGAUAUGGAACCGUUGGAAAUGUUAUAUGCUAGUGGGAACUGUUUUACAAAUCUACCGAAAAGUAUCGGUAAACUAAAAAAUCUGAUGGAUCUGUCUCUUGGUGGGGUUCAGUGGUUUGAACUUAAGGAAGGAAUAUAUGUAAACAAGCAGAUGUUUAACGAUUUCUUGUCCAGUUCUCGUAUUGGUCCUUGGCUGGCUGCUCACAAUGAGGACAAAAUGAAGCUGUUUCAGAAUUUUGACCUUGAUGCUAACAACGUCCUUGACCAUAAAGAGAUGGGAAAUGUGAAUGCUACAUUAUUCAACAUUUUCCCAAGAUUUGGAUACAAAGGAAAAGAACCACCUGAGGAUGAUGCCCCCAGUGGAUUUCCAGAGGAGAUUUUUGAAUUGACCAAUCUGAGAUAUCUGAACUUACAAUACCAAGGCAUUGUCCAUGUACCUGAAGGCAUUGAAAAACUCAGCAAUUUAGAAACAUUAGUGUUAUCAUACAACCCAAAUAUGUUGUCAGUGGCUGGCCAGUGUGGCAUGCUGCCACUCAAAAGGUUGGACCUUUCUUACUGUACAUUAUUGAAGACACCUCCCAAAGAGAUUCGUGACAGAGGAUUCAAUACUAUAUAUGCUUAUCUACGUCGUUUAAUGACAGGAUCAGUGGAGUGUAAAAGGACAAAGUUAAUGUUUGUAGGAUUAGGUGGUGCUGGAAAAACAAGUUUGGCUAAAGCAUUGAUGACCAAUGAGUUCCAGACAAGUUUGACUGGAGCACAGGCUAUAACUGAUGGUAUUGACAUCUGUACAUGGACUGUUAACCAUGAUGGAGAAAAGGUACAAUACAGUGUAUGGGACUUUGCUGGACAGACAGUUUAUUACAAUACUCACCAGUUUUUCCUGUCUGACAGAGCUGUGUACCUUUUGUUGUGGAAUGUAAGACUUGGACAGGAACAUGCAGGACUCAAUUUCUGGCUGAGUUCUAUUAGUGUUCAUGCUAGCAAGGCACCUAUUUUUAUCGUUGGAACACACAUGGACCAGGUGCCUAAAGCAGAAAUACCUAUGGAGGAAAUGAUGGCUACCUAUCCACAGAUUGAAGGGUUCUUCUUUGUCAGUUCAUUCACUGGACAGGGAAUUGAAGAGUUGAAAUCUAACCUACUGAAAGUGACCUUGAAACAAGACUAUAUGGGAGAGAAGAUUCCUGCAGCCUAUCUAGAUAUGGAAAAUAUUAUUUUAAGGAAAAGACAAGAAGAUGUGAAUUUAAUUGCAUAUGGUGAAGUAGAGAGAAUGGCCAAUAUUUCUGGGAUUGUGGAGAAAGAAGAGGUUGCUCAGGCGGUCCAGUUUCUCCAUGAUCUAGGAUCAGUACAACAUUUCUCAAAUGAAGUUCUAAAAUCAAAAGUUGUUAUAAACCCUCAGUGGAUAGUAGAUGUGAUGGCCAAAGUGGUGUCUGUCAAAGAAUCACCUAUUCAGGAGGGAAAGCUGAAACAUGAAGACAUAGGAAAAGUGUGGAAAGGAUAUCCAAUUGAUAUCCACUUCUGGUUACUACAGCUCACUGAGGAGUAUGACCUGACCUUUAAACUGACCAAUGAAAAAGUCAACUUGGUUCCCUGUCUUCUGCCAGAGAAAAAGCCUGAGAUUCCAUGGCCUGAGAUCAAGAAGGAGUCUGACUACAAAGAAACAAAGAUGUUGUAUCACUUUGAAUAUCUCCCAGCAGGUCUUUUCAACAGAGCUCAGGUUAGAUUACAAGAGUUUUCAGACAGUGCUAUUAUUUGGAAGAGGGGAUCUUUUCUCAGAAAGAAUGAACAUAUUGCUCUUCUUCACCAAAAUAAGGACACCGAGAUGGUUGUGAAGGUACAAGGUCCACGUCCUGAGAACAUUCUAUUCUUGGUCCAUGAAGUGUUUGAAGCAUUGAUAAAUGAAUCGUUCCAUGGUGUUAGGUACGACUUCAGUGUACCGUGUCCAGACUGUAAUAACCUUAUGAAGAGAGAUCCCCACAUGUUUACAGCCUCUAUGAUAAGAAGAGCAUUAGAUUUACAAGCUCCAUUCCUACAGUGUUUGAAAUAUUUCCAUACAAUAUCCGUAGGAGAUUUACAAUCUAUUAUGCCACCAGAUACAACCCAGGAUUAUGAUAUACAUUUAGCUCAUGCUGUUAAUGAUCUUAUGGAGUUUGAACAAGGAAAGACACUAGAUAUAUUUAUAUCAUACUGUGAACUAGAUGCACCAAAGGAUAAAUCAAAUGUCAUUCACCCUGAAGAUGUUAAACAGGAAUUAUUGAAAGAAAACUAUAAAUGCUACUACCCGGAGGCUGGAAAAAAAUAUUCUACCGACCUUAUGGCCAAGUCUCUGAUUGAUUCUUCUAUAUUUGUGGCAUUUAUAUCCAACAACUAUGUCAGUGACCAGACCUGCUGUAAUAUGUUUAAGUUUGCCAAAACCACACUCAGGAAACCAUUUAUUCUGGUUGCUGUUGGACCAGACCAUGAAUGGAAGAAAAGUGCCCUGGGACUACUGGUCUCAGAUGUUGUCUUUGUAAACAUGAUUGACUCAAAGAAAUCAGUGUUUACAAAUAAGAUGGAAGAACUGUUAUUGAAAGUAAAAGAGAUAUACUCUGUAGAAGUGUCCAAUGAAAGUCCACCAUGUUUUAUAAGCUAUUGCUGGAAAAAUUCCAAAGAUGCUGUAGAACUUGGAACUAAAUCGGAACCUCAGGCCUAUGCUUACACACCAGAUCCCAGAGAUAUGGCAAGUUUUCUAACAGCUAGUGGUGUUCCAUGCUGGUUAGAUACUAAAAGAAUAGGAUUUGGAAUGAGUGGUUUGUUAGAUGACAUAGCUAAAGGAUUACUAAACAGUCAAAUGAUGAUAGCGUUUGUAUCAGAUGACUAUACAUCUUCCAAUAACUCCAUGACAGAACUGAACUUUGCUGCUCUUACGUUACACAUUCCCAUCAUAUUUGCUAUCGUAGGACAAGGGGAUAACUGGAAGAAAAGUGAAGCAAACAUGCUAGCAUUUAGACAAAAUUAUCAAGUUAUUGAUUUCCGCCAAGUCGCAGAGAAUGAAGCAAAAGAAAAACUACUUGAGCUUGCCUCUGGUUACCUUAAGUUAGAACAAUCAGAGUCAACAUCCAAAAAAGGAGAUCUCAACAGAACAGAAUCAAGAAAAAAGAAAAAUAAGGAGAGCACAGACAAGAAAGAUAAUUUGUCUUUCCAGGAACUGUAUGAGCUAGCUCAGAGAAAGUUUCAUCAUCAGAUAACACAGUACGCUCUUACACAAGACACAGGUCUACCUUACCCCAGGCUGUUCAUUGUUGAUGUUCAGAAGGAAAAAGAAAAUACAACAGAAAAGGAUGAAGAGAAGAAAAACCUCGAAGAUUUAGAAAUAAGUUUCAGGGAUGGAAAAUAUUGUGUACAUAUACUGUGUGAAUGCGAAUCUGGAUGGCAUGCAGUGGGUGAUCCCAUUCCAUUAGAGGAUGACUUUGGGAUGUCAUUACUGACAUACUAUGCACCAUACCUGACACGUAUUACAGCACUAAUGAAACAUAAUCAACACUUUAAGAUGAAUGCAUUAAGUGAUAAAUAUGGUGUUGCUUAUCUCAGAUAUCUUGCAGAGUCCUCAGCAGUAGAAUUAUCAGAAUGUAAAACUGAGUACUGGAAGUUGAGGGAAAAAGUUAUGAAUAUGGAUACAGAACAGCAAAUGGGUGGCCUUUCAAGAUGUCGUCUGCCAAGUGGCAAAACAAUAUGGUUGUGUCAAGGUCACAUAUCAAAGAUGAAGGUUACUGUAUUGACCAAAGAAAUGAUAGCCCAUGAUAAGACCACAACUGGUGUUAUUGGUGUGGAUCAUAUGGUGGAAUCUCUGAGAGAGAUGGAUCCACUCAAAAUGAAUAUUGCAUUCAAAUCUUCCAAAAAGGCCAAGAGAAAUAGAACAGCACCCAAAGAUGCUAAAGAACAAGUGAAUAUUCAGAAAAAACAGUCCCUGCUGAGACAAAAGUCUUUGAUUAAUGAUGAACUUCUUGCUGAAUAUAAGGAAAGAAUGAACAAGGCUGAGGACAAAGAAAAACAAACCAAAGUAUCUACACCUAGACAAGCUGAUUCUAGUGAUUCUAAAACUUUACCUUCUGUUAUUGAGGAGAAAAAGAAUGCUGAUUCAGCAGUGAAUAAUACUUCUGAUAAAAGUAAGGAUGAUGUAGGUCCAUCUACUUCUGGUGUAGACGCAAAAAGUCAAAAAGCAAAACAACCAAUGCAAUCUACCUCUGCUGGGGGUAAAUCUACACAGAAUUCUCAGGUGACAGGUCCAGAGAUUAAAAGACCACUGUCAGAUAAUAGUAAGGCCAGCCAAGCAGCAAAGGUUGAUAAAGAACCUCAAACAUUAGGCAAAAUGGGUAGAAGUAAAAGCAAGGCUUGUUCUGUAAUGUAAAUGCUAUACAAUAGAUUUAAAUGGAUUGUCACACCAUAUGGGAAAUUGGGUUAGAUGUAAAUUCAAAGCUUGUUCAAUAAUACAACUGUAGAACAAUAGAUGUGUAAUGGUUGUCACAGCAUUAUUUGUAUUUUUGAUGAAUUAUUUAAUUGAGAAAAGUAAGACUUAUAGAUUUUGAAUGUAUGAAUCGUGAUAAAAGUUUGUUUAUUGUUAAAAUAAUGAAUGACAUUUAAUGAAUAAAAGGAGUAGUGAAAGAGUGAAAGGCGUCCUAUUGUUAUGUGGCUAAGUGGAACUAAUGGAGAGUAACGUCAAAGGUUUCAUUUAACUCUAAUUUAUUUAAAAGAGGGUAAUGGGUACGAAGCUUUAAAUUUUAUCUUAUUGAUCAAGGCACUAUGUUAACAUUUUAGAAAAAAUCUUAAUAAGCAAUGGUUUGUGUUACUGGAAAAUUAAUGGUAACAAACAUUAACUAAAUGAGGAAAAUAUUGCUUCAUUAUAGAGCUUCUUUAAAGAGUAGACACCAGUUCAUCAGUAACAAAUAGAUAUACUGGUAGUUUACAAGUGUAAGUGCUAUUUGAUGUGACUUAAGUUUUUUAAGUCAACCUAUUGCAAGGUGUUAACAUUUUUACAUUUCAUUUGUCAAAGUAACUUAAUAAAAUUUAAAAGAAAAUGAAUGAUAUUUAUGUACUGUAUUGAAAUGUGGAAAGAAAGCACAAAGACAACUAUUUUGUUUACAUGCUAUAUAUACAUGCAUAUUUCCACUAUGAUGCCUUGAUUAAACUAGAUCAAGUGAAUUAGAAUUUAUAAUUUGUACAAUUAAUGUUGUCGUGAAGAUUAGUGUGUUAUAUUGUUGAUCAUACUGUAUAAAUAUGCAAAUUUAAAUUAUUUUAUUUAUUAUUUAUACCAUUAUAUUUGUUUGAUAACCAAGUUAUUGAUUAUUUUUGAUACACUUAUUUUAUUUUUAUAUCUGUGAUAUUUAUACCCCUGCUUUAAAAAAGGGGGGUAUACUGUUUUACCUCUGUCUGUCCUUCCGUCAGUCAGUCUGUCCGUCCCAUGAAUAUUUUUCGUUGCAUUUUUCUCAGGAACUACAAUGCAAGGAUUUCUGAAAUUUGGUUUCAGGGUUUAUCUAAGUCAGAUAUAACGUGUGAUGCGUUUUCAGAUUGAUCACUUGACAACUUCCUGUUUACCGAACACUUGUAUGAUUUUACACAUGAUAGCCAAGUUGAAAAUUUUCGUCACAUUUUUCUCAGGAACUACAAUACAAGGAUUUCUGAAAUUUGGUUUCAGGAUUUAUAUAAGUCAGCUAUACCGUGUGAUGCCUUUUCAGAUUUAUUACUCAACAACUUUCUGUUUACCGAACACUUGCAUAUUUUUACACUAUUAAUAAUAUCCACUUGUGGCGGGGGUAUCAUCAGUGAGCAGUAGCUCGCAGUUUCACUUGUUGUAAUUGUUUUACCUCCCCUGGUUGAAGGGCCAAUAUGAGUAAUAUUAUCAUCGCUUUAUGUCCAUUAUCAUGUUACCUUCCACAACUUGAUUGAAUCUUAUUUAUUAGUAUGUUACAGACCAAACUGAACUUGUCUUUUAAGGCAUAAUUUUGAUCUAAAAAAAUAGCAAUCCAAGGCUAUUCUUGCUAGUGAUUUUACAAAUAAAUCUCAUCUGGAAAUAUACAGAGCAAAAUAUAUAAAGCAAUUAUUGGAAAGAUAAUUUGGAGUUCUAUAAUAAUUCUAAAUUUUGUGCUGUUGGCAUACAUUUUCUGCAAUGAUCGAUAGAUGCUUCAGGAUCCCUAAUGAACCAUGUUGUCAACUCUUUCUCAGAAAAAAAAUCUCCAAAAAUGUCCAUACUAAUCUAAAUAAUUUAGAAUAGCUCUUUCUGAUAUCAUGAUGAUAAACCGUCCAUUUUGUUUGAACAAACAAUAGCAUAUAGUUUUAACAUAUUUUAUUGUUCAAAAUGACAAAUGGAUUAGACACAAGUUUUACAACUUAGUAAUGUCUUCUCCAAGCAUAAUACUAAUGUUAAAUAAUUGAAACAAUUGUAAUACUGAAUUGUGAUGCUGUAUAAACGUAAAUUUGUUUAAAUUACUUUAUUUUUUCAUAUAUUGGGGCCUUUUACAUCUUGUUAUGCAAUACAAGUUUUCUUCAUUGUUGAAAGCCACACAGUUAAAUUGUACCUAUAGUUGUUAAUUUUUAGGGCAUUUUGUCUCUGGUGGAGAGUUAUCUCACUGACAAUCAUACCAUGCUUUUAUUUUUUAAAUAUCAGUUUCUUCAAUAAAUCUUAUUUAUAGGGUAAUUAUUGUUCAUGCUUGUAUGAAUGUGUGAUAUGCUGGAAUGAAAUAGAGAUUUCAUACAGAGCAAAAUAUUUGUAGCUUUCAUGAAGUUAUGAAAAGGCCAGCAGAGUAACCAUGGCUACUUUGAACCUCUAUUGUUAUUUUUUACUAGUUGUUUUUUAUACUUUUUUUGUCUUUUUGAUAAAAGCAAUAGAUCUGAAAUCAUACAAUCUAUUAGGAUUUGAAACUAAUCACUUUACAGGCAACUACCUUUCAGUCAGUUCUUUCGAACACAACUCAGCACAAUGGUGUUAUACCAUAUAGUGGAAUAUUUUCGCCGAUUUAAAAUUUUGCGAUUUUCAUUGAAUUAGAAAGGUAUACAAAAUAUUUUGGCAGUUAUUUUGUUUGCAAAUUCAAAGCUUUUAUCAAUACCUUUGCAUGCAAACUUUUUAAUUGGUGUGAUUUAUUUUGCCCAUGUUGUUCUAUCAGUGGAAUUGAGUGAAAAUUUACACCCUGCCAAAAUAACCAGCUAUACAGUACCAUAAUGUGUUUGCGUUGUAUAAUUUUUAGGACAAGCCAAUCAUAUAGUUUACGAUGUUUUUAUUAUAGCAAAAAUUGCAACUUAAUGGAAUUCCAAAAAAUGAAAACAAUUUUAAUUUGAAUUGUGAUGGCAUCAUAUGAUUUUUAUGCAGCAUUUACUAAAAUCACAAUUACUUAAUCUCAAAUUUUUGUACAUUGAUCAUCAAUCACAAUAAUAAACACAAUAAGUGCACAAAUGCAAUUUAGAUAUGAUGCUAUAGAAAUAUAUUGUAUAAGAAUCAUUUGUUUCUAUAGGUAGAUUAUCAUUGUAAAGAAGCGUUUAAUAUAACCUGUAAAUGAUUUUCAUGUAGAUAAGGAAAUUAUAUUUUAGAAAAUUUAAUUGAUCUUGCACAAAAACGGAAAUAGGUUGCACAUAUUCUCUUAUGAGUAUUCCUUGGACUGAAAAAAAAAUGUUUUAUAAGAUUAAA